AUGUCCAUAGUCGACCCGAAUGCGCCAAAGACGACUCCAGCACCAAAACCAGCCGUGCCCGCUGCAGCCCCGAAGCCUGCUCCGCGGCCUACUGGGGGUGCAAAUGGUGUCGCUCAGUCUCCACAGCUGAAGCGAAAGGCGUCUGGUCCUGUUGAAAGCAGCCAGGUCAAGCUUCAGAGGAAGGACGGUUCAGGACAGCCAGCGCAAGGGAAUGUUGCAGGACGUCCCAUGGCGACACCAGGCGCGGGAAGGCCAAAUCCGCCACCCGCGCUCACCACAGUCCCAUAUCGUGGAACAGCAGCACCAGCGGGCACCAGGGUCGCAAGUCCAGUUGUGAAGAAGCCUAUUUCGCAAGCAAACACACCAUCUGGCCCGCCCAAGGCAGCAGCCCCGGCUCCGAAACCUGCCCCACCAGCUGCCGCGUCAUCAGCAGCAGCCUCUGCUGCCCCAAAGAAGGGAUAUCUGGCCCUACUACAGAAAGCAAAAGAGAAGGAUGCAACUAAGCCUCCCGCUCCUCCAGUGCAGAAUGGUCCAACCAAGAUCCUUACCAAGAAAGAGCGCUUGGCAUUGAGGGCUGAAGCUAGCGCAGUUGCCAAGGGCAAGAAGCCAGUCGCUGGAGCACCACAGAGACCUACAGAUGCGAAAGGUGCCCCGGUUCCAGAGAAGAAGAAGCCUCUGGAUGUGGGCUACCAGGGCACAGCACGCCCCACGAAGCAGCCUGUCCCGGUCGGAUACAAAGGUACAGCGCGGCCAACAAGUGCGCCUGCUUCCACCAGCCGGAAUGGAACGCCUGCCGCAAGGUCGAAACCCCAACCUGCCAAAGGUCGCUACGACGGAUAUGCAGAUUGGUCCGAUCUUGACGACAUGGAUGACGAAGAGGAGGACUAUGCCUCCGAUGGGUCGUCCGACAUGGAGGGUGGCGUAUGGGACCUGCAAGAAGAGGAGCAGAUGGCGCUCAAGGUGGCUAAGAAAGAGGACGCCGAGGCACUCGCAGAAGAGAACAGACUCAAACGUGAGAAAGAGGAACGAAAACGAAGGCUUGCGGCUCUUGAAAAGAAAGCUGCUGCCAAGAGGAAGUAUUGA